AUGCUCCAAAUCUACCAACCGCUCGCCAGCUGUGCGCCAUCCACGCAUGAAGAUGUCUACAUUUUUGCAAUAGCCCCCGUCGCGGGACGCGGACUUGCUGCCAUUACUUCUGCCGAUGAGCUUCUUCUCCUCGAUAGGGACAACCUGUCGGUUUCCAACCCCGUGGGGAUUCAAGGGGUGCCCCAUAGGCUCUCUUCGUUGGUGGUUGACGAGCAGGGAACAAGUCUGAUUUGUGCUGGAGACGAUGGGACCGUGGCAAUUUUUGACGUCCGAACUCAGUCCAGUGUUGCCCACUUCAAGUCGGCCAAACCUGUCAAUUCUCUGGCUCUCAGGCUGAACGAUGUGGCUCUUGGCAGCGAAGCGCUCGUAUCCGUCUGGGAUCGAAGACAAGCGAAGGUCAGAUGGCAGAAUGCUGAGGUCAACGAUGAAAUCACGGCAUUGGGCUUCCACCCCUCCAGGGAUAAUCUGCUUCUGAGUGGAGGCGAUGACGGUGUAGUCUGCGUGUUUGACACCCAAAUUCAAGAAGAGCAGGACAGUCUGCUUCAGGCCGUUAACCAUGGUCCAAUUCACAAGGCAGGCUUCUUGGGACCAACAAAUCUAUACGCUUUGAGUUCGGACCAGAAUCUGGCGCUGCACUCUCUCACCGUUGAUGACGCAGAUGCUGAAGCAGACCAGCCAGCACCGGAUCAGUUGGGCGAUCUGAGACCAAUUAUCCCCUGUGAAUAUGUGAUUGACAUCCUCCAAAGCGGCACGGACCAUGUCGUGGCUUGUGGCUCGCACAGCAAUUCUCGUGUUGACUUGGUCCGAGUGGGUCGAGGAACUGGCCUCAACUUGGACCAGCGAAUCGUCCUCGAAAAUGCUCAUGGUGGAGAGGUUGUUCGGUCAAUAUUUGCAGACGAGACCGACGGUACAGUUUUUACGGCAGGCGAGGACGGACGCAUCGUAGCAUUUCGUCCACACAGCAGCGGUCUCCCUACCACUCCUGUGAAAGGCACGAAACCCAAGAAGCGCGCCGACAAUCCAACCAUCCGCUUGAACGCGAAAUAUGACUGGACAAAUGUCAAGAUCAAGGGGAAACACCUUGUCAUGAGGCAACGUGGCUACAGCCGGGAGGACCUGGAUGCUUACGCGACGGUCAGCAUUGCCGGUAUCCAGAGUCGACAGAUUGACAUGCUCUACGGAACCUACCGAGCAGUUUUCAAAGUCGAGGGAUCCAACGGUGGCGCCUGUGCGGGAUUCUUUUGGUAUCGUGACGACCGAUCAGAAAUUGACAUGGAGAUUGUCACAAGAGGCACUUCGCUUGUGAACAACACGAUUAGCUUCACUUCACAUCCGUCUAGUGCACCAGAUGGCUCUCCCGUCCCAGGCGCGACCUUGGCCAAGUCAUUAGACGAUCCCCAGUUCAGCACAGACGUUUUUCGCGAAUAUCGCUUUGACAGCCACCCGGACCUUGGGGUCGCUUUCUACGUUGAUGGCAAGCUUGUUCACAAGAAUACCAACAACGUCCCAAAAGAGGGCGGCAACCUACAACUCAAGUUAUGGGCGGAUGGGAACCAAUGGUGGAGCGGAACACCUAGCACUUCGGACGUAUUUAUGACUGUUGGGAGCGUCGUUGCAUACUACAACACCACUAAGCUGGACCCCGGUUGGUUGGACAACUGCAAAGCUGCCGGAGGCCCAAGCAAAAGCACUAUGUGCACCAUCUAA